GGCGAGGGCUAAGCGAUACUCUCCUGGCCCAACUGACACCACGCCACACCCUAACCCUCCACCUCCGCACGCCGCUACACCCGCCUACACCUGGACCUUUGGAACCCUAUUAUCUGAGAACGCUCGUCUCCCUCGUGGCCACUCUCUCUCGACUCGCCUUACCGCCCGUUUGACUCCCGUCUGAUCCGCUAGCGUCUGUCUCUGAGCCCUGCGUCCGCGAUGUCCACCGCCGUGGAGGCCGUCGGCUUCGUGCUGUGCAUCAUCAGCUGGCUGAUCACCGGCACCGCGCUGGGCAACGACUACUGGAAGGUGUCCACUGUGGCCGGCAACAUCAUCACCUCGGUGCGGCAGUACGAGAACCUCUGGCACUCGUGUACCGAGACCAGCACGGGCAUCGCCCAGUGCCAAGACUUUGAGUCCCUUCUGGGCCUCCCAGGCUACGUGCAGGCCUGUCGCGGCCUGAUGAUCGUGGCUCUGCUGAUGGGGCUCGCCUGCCUGGUGAUCGCCCUGCUGGGCGUUAAGUGCAUCAAGAUAGGCUCCGCCUCCGAGUCGUCCAAGGCCAAGUUGGUCAUCGCCGGGGGCAUCGUGUCUGCUCUGGCUGGUGUGUGCACCCUGGUAUCGGUGUCUUGGUACGCCAACAUGAUCGUGGAGGACUUCUAUGACCCCUUCACCGGGGGAAUCAAGUUUGAGCUGGGGGCUGGGCUUUAUAUGGGCUGGGCUGGGGCCUUCCUGGCCAUCCUGGGAGGAGGCAUGCUCUGCUGCGCCUGCAAGAGGGUGACCCCUGCUGGUAGCAAAGGGGGUUACCGUGGCGCCCUGCCUAAGAAGAUCUUCACACCCAAAUCUGAAUCUGAAUCGAAAUCGAAGGCUUACGUCUAGAAGAUGAGCCUCCUACUCCCCCCUCCUCCUCCCCCCUCCUCCUCCCCCCUCCUCCUCCUCCCCCUG